AUGACUAAAAAUGUCCAGUUGAAAUUACUUGACCCAAUCCUGGCAGAACAAAAAGUGAUAAUUAUGGUCCUUAUGAAUUAUGUCAAUUUUUUAUUGGAACAAGGACAGUGUCUAAAAAACACCAGAAUAAUAAAUUACUUUCCUGUAAAUUUCAUCCCCAAACGUCCGCUUACAAUAUCAUCCUGUGCAGGUAGCCUGAAAACGCCCAAAGCAAAAGAUUAUGUUUCAAAAACAUCAUAUGAAUACAUAAUAGUUGGAGCUGGUUCAGCUGGGUGUGUUUUGGCAAAUCGGUUAAGCCUGCCACAUCCUAAAACCAGAAAUUCAAGCAAAGUUCUUGUCCUAGAAGCUGGUCCAACAGAUCUUGGGUUCUCAAGGUGGACAAUAAGGAUGCCAGCUGCACUUAUGUACAAUUUAUAUCAUGAUAAAUUCAACUGGUACUACCAUACUGUUCCUCAGAAGCAUAUGAAUAAUCGUGUUAUGUAUUGGCCUCGAGGUCGUGUACUGGGUGGAAGUUCGUCUUUGAAUGCUAUGGUCUACAUUCGCGGUCACGCAUUAGACUACGACAGAUGGGAAACAGAAGGCGCAGAAGGUUGGAGUUAUGCAAAUUGUUUACCAUAUUUUCGGAAAUCUCAAACUCAUGAACUUGGUUCAAAUCAAUAUCGAGGUGGUGAUGGUCCACUGUAUGUUUCUAGAGGUAAAACUAACCAUCCGCUGCAUGCAGCUUGGAUUGAAGCUGGUCAACAGGCUGGAUAUAAUUUUACUGAUGAUGUGAAUGGAUAUCAACAGGAGGGCGUAGGGCUAUUUGAUAUGACUAUAAAAAAUGGUGAGAGAUGCUCAGCUUCCAAAGCUUAUUUGCAUCCAGCUUUGAAUUCAACUUCCAAGCUAACUGUUGAGACAAAUGCUUUGGUAACGCGAAUACUAUUUGAAAAUAAACGGGCAAUCGGUGUUGAAUAUUAUAAGAACGGCAAAUUAUGUGAGGCUAGGGCAGAAUGUGAGGUGAUAUUAUCCGGAGGAGCUAUAAACUCACCUCAGCUACUUAUGUUAUCAGGGAUUGGUGAUGUGGAGCAUUUGAGAUCUGUUGGAAUAGAUGCCUGGCAUAAUUUACCAGGUCAAGCUUGUAAGAAGCCAAUUACACUGUACAAAGCUCAAUGGAAGUAUCCGCAUAUCAUGAUAGGAAUUGGUUUAAAAUGGAUAUUAUUCCGUCGAGGUUGGGCAGCUACUACACAUCUUGAGAGUGGUGGUUUUGUACGAACAAGUGCAGAUAUUCCACAUCCCAAUAUUCAGUUUCAUUUUUUACCUUCUACGGUUAAUGAUCACGGACGCAAAAUGGGUAGUCAGCAUGCAUUUCAAGUUCACGUAGGUCCUAUGAGGUCGAAAAGUUGUGGCCAGGUUCUGUUGUCCUCCGCCAAUCCAAAAAAUGCACCAAUAUUAGACCCCAAUUAUUUAGCCUGUGAAACAGAUCGUGCUGAAAUGAGAGCAUCAAUACGCUUAUCCCGUGAAAUCUUUGCUCAACCAGCACUGGCAAAUGAGUUUUCAGGUAAAGAGUUGGCCCCAGGUGAAGAUAAAAUGAGUAAUUCGCAACUGGAUGAAUUUGUGCGUUCCUUCAGUGAUAGCGCAUAUCACCCAUCCUGUACUUGUAGAAUGGGUAAAAAUCCAGACGGUCGUAAAGCCAAUAAUGAUGAUAAAGUGGAACGAGGUUACAGUGGUAAUGGUCGAAUCGAUGCUGCAGUUACUCAGUCGGAUUGUAAAGUAUGGGGUAUUGAUAAUCUACGUAUUGUUGAUGCAAGUAUAAUGCCAUCAAUUGUUUCAGGCAAUUUAAAUGCACCGGUGAUUAUGAUGGCUGAAAGAGCUGCUGAUAUUAUUGUCAGUUCUCGGGAUGGGCAGUCAGUUAUGUUACCAGCAGAUUUCAGUGCCUCUUAUUGGAAACCAGAAAAUCCAGAUCAGCAGCGUGAUGGUGCGUUAGUUUGA